AUGUAUAAGAAGUUGUCAAACAAGCUUCAACAUUCUGAAAUAAAACAGCUUCUAAAUGAAGCCCAGGAUGUAGCAAAGCAUUACGCAACAAACAAGAAAACAUUAGCGGAUUUCAUAAAAGACUACAAUGGUACAAUUAAUUUCAAAAGAAUUCGGGAAUACAUUCAUACAAAAACAUUUCCAAUGCAGAAUAUGGAAGUUGGUUUAUAUAAAACACAACAGGUUCCUCAUGAAGUUCGUAGAGAAAUGUAUGAAAUUACGAAUUCAAACAUUGGUGAAACAAGAACAAGAGAUGAAAACUUAAAACAACAAAGAAGAGAAAUGUUUAAAAGUGGAAUAGAACAAUUACGUAAAGCAAAUGACGUUAUACGUUCAAUAAACAACAAACCAAAUGAAGGAGAAAAAUGGUUAAAGAAAGAUGAAAUAAAUAAAAAGAAAAAUGUUAAAUCUGGAAAUAGAGUUAUUGAAUUUAAUAUUGAAGAAUUAGAUGAACAAAAUAGAGACUAUUUACAUAAACAUUUUGGUAAAUUUUUCAUGAAACUUUUAGAUAAAAUUAAAAUUAAUUCUUCGCAAAGAUGGAUGGUAUGUUAUUUACUUGGUGGAAAGUAUGAAUGUUCUACAUUAAACAUUAGAAACAUUGGUACAUUACUGCACCAACUUAAAUCAGAAAAUUUCAUACAAGCGAAGGAGGCGGAGACGGCAGGAAUUUUAGAAUUACAUUAUGACUUUUUCUUAACUCAUAUUCGAAAUCUAAGUGAAAUAAAAAUGUACGAUUUAACAGAAUAUGAAGGUUUAACAAUGAAUGACAUUAAAAAGGGAACUCCAAAAGCAAGAAAAGCAAGGGAUGAAAGCGAAUUGUCAGAAAGGCAACAAAAAAUUUUAAAUGCAAUAAAACAAACAGGAGAUGAAGAUGCAAUAGACAGUUUCUGGCAAGAACAUUACGGAAACAAAAAAUUAUAUAAGAAACGCAGUGGACAAUUUUGGAAAUAUAUUUGCACAUUACCAAUAAAUUUAGAAAGAUAUCAAAUAUUUAAUGAAUUAGAUAUAAGAACUGCCAAAUUAAUGACAGAAGACAAUUGUUUCGUUUAUGCUUGCAUAAAAGCAGGAGUUGAAGAAGAAAUUAUUGACCACAUGAGAGAAAUAAUUCGUACUAGAGAUUUUCCACAAAAUAAAUUACAGGAAAUUUCUGACGCAACAAAUUUAGAAUUUCAUAUAAAAGUUGGUUAUUUCACCGAAUCUAAAAAUAAUAAAACAAUAACACAUACGCCAGCAAAUGGUGAAAUAAAACAAACCAUUGAACUACUUUUAGUAGACGACCAUUACAUGUUAAAUGAAAGGUUACCAAUGACAACUUAUUUCAUUAAAAAUUAUAAAGAAAUUCUUAAAGUUUGUGGAGGAUGGAAUAUUGAAAAACAAAUGAAAAUAUACAAGAAAAGAGAAAAUAAAUUCGUUAUUGACAAUUCAAGAACAACUCCUUU